UCAACACUUCAUCGUCAUACCUGUGAAACAACGAUGGGCUUGAAAUCAACCCUAUUUAUUCUGUUUGUGUUUAUUGUGGCCCAUGAAACAAAUGGAGCCAAUAUUUUAUCUCUUUUUCAUACCCCUAGCAAGAGUCACUCGAUAUUGGGGUUGAAACUAGCAGAAGGUUUGGUGAAAAAAGGACAUCAUGUCACAUUCGUCAGUCCCUUCAAAUUUGAUCCUAUGGAAAACUUGACCCUCGUCAAUUUGAAAGCUGUUCUCGAACAUAAAGAAAAAUCGGAUAAAGAGAUGACAAAGCCGGGUGGACCUUCCAUCUUUUCCAUGGUCCAAAACUUCCUACAAUCUACCUCAACUGUGAACGAACUCUUUUGGAACGAUCCAAACAUCCAAAAGGUGAUCAAAGAGAAGCCGAAAUAUGAUUUGGUGAUAGUCUUAAGUUUCCUCCACGAUGCUAUGCUAGGCAUUGGUCAUCAUCUAGGAGCACCCACCAUAGUAUUCAAUCUUGUUGGCUCGUCCAGUUUUUGGAAUCAGUAUGUGGCUAAUCCCACCAUGGUGUAUUCCAGGAAUCCGUUGAUCAAUGUGCCAACCGACAAAUUCUGGGGAAGACUAUCCACAGUAUUUGGGAAUAUGGCGAUGGGCUAUAUGUCUUAUCAAACUAAUAUAUUGAACCAAGGCUUGCUAGAUAAGUACCUACCAAACUCUCCCCAAAUAUAUGAUCUACAACGAAACGUAUCUGUGGUACUUGCAAAUUCUCACGUGAGCAUCGAACCUGCAAGACCUUACGUACCGAACAUGAUUCAAAUUGGUGGUUUCCACGUCCAAAACACCAAACCUUUACCGGACGAGUUCAGAACAUUUUUAGACGGCGCCGAGAAGGGGGCCAUUCUUUUCUCCCUUGGAAGCAACAUCAAGGUGGGAAUGUUGGGAGAGGAGCGAAUCAAAGGAAUGCUCAAGGUAUUGGGAGAAGUUUCACCUAUGAGAGUCAUUUUCAAAACGGAGAUGCAACACGAGAACGUACCAAAAAAUAUCAUGGUUAAAUCAUGGGUGCCACAAGCUGAUAUAUUGGCUCAUCCUAACCUAAAACUCUUCAUUACUCAUGGAGGUCUUGGAGGAGUCACAGAGAGUGUUUAUCAUGGAGUGCCACUUUUAGGAAUACCAUUUUUCGGUGAUCAGAUAUCGAACUUGGAUACGGCUGAAGAAUCAGGUUAUGGACUAGUAAUGAAACUAGAGAAAAUUACUGAAGAAUUCUUCCGAGAAAAGAUCAGCGAAAUAUUAAAUAAUCCUAAAUAUACCCAAAAUGUGAAACGAAGAUCUGCUCUUAUAAAGGAGCCACUAGUGAAACAAAUGGAUGUCGCAAUAUUUUGGAUAGAACACGUGAUCAAAUUCGGUGGUGGUAGUCAUCUGAAGAAUGAUGGAGCCGAUUUGAGCUGGUAUCAAUUGUACAUGGUGGAUAUUUAUAUAUUCUGUACAAUUGUUUUAAUUUUACUAGCAGUCAUCAAUAUUUACCUCGUUAAAUUUAUUUUGAAAACUGUAAGGAGGCUACUUGGUAAAAGCGCUCCAAAAAAGAAAGAGGAGUAAGUGAAAGAGUCUUACAUCCUAGGGUGUUGAUUAAAAGCUGUGAAUCUUUUAUUAUUGUAACUUAUUAACGAAAUAAUUAUUUUAUAUAAUAA